AUGCGAAACACUCGGGAGGUCUUCCACGAUCUGGUUCUCCUAUACUUUCGCUUUAUCCACAAUGUCAUUCACACCAUGAUCCACGAAGCAAGCUUUAUGCACCAGUUCAAUGAGGGGACAGCAUCUAUGAUGCAUGUUUAUGCCAUGUGUGCACUCGCUGCUAGGUUUUCCGACAACCCCGUCUUCCAUGGUAUAGCUCGUGGCUCGCGGGGAAAAAUUUACGUCUCCGAAGCUGUGCGUCUCGCUCAACAGUCUAUCAUCAUCCCAAGCCUAGAAUCAAUGCAAGGUUUGAUCCUGAUCGGCUACUACUAUGGUGGGGAAGGUGAUCCCAAAGCAAAGCAUGUCUAUAUCGGUCUGGCUAGGUUACACGCCGAAACCUUGUCGUUCUGGGAUGUGCCCAGGGAUGGCAGCCCCCUCUCUCAAGAGGAACAUCGUCGCACCUGGCUUUCCGUGAAUAUUGGCAGCGCUUGGUCGGCAAUAGAUAUAUCAAUCGAACCUGUAUCGUUGAAUCACGGCCUACAAGUCGAUCUUCUCGAACUCGAUGAUAUGGCUUUCCAGAGUCUCGAUCCAGACCUGCUACAAAGAACAUAUCGUUCGCCUCCAUCCCCGUACAAUAUGUGGGCUUUUAUGGCAAAGACCCUCGACAUAUUUAACAAGACCAGUGUGCUCCUGCGACGGAUGAGCCAAGGCCUGAUUCCGUUCGAUGAUUAUUGCCAGGAGGCGGCUGUACUGGAAGGCCGUCUUGAUCAAUGGGAGGAAAGUCUGCCCCUGACUCUACGGUAUACCACGGAAAACGUCAUGUCCUCUGUCAAGCAACGGCUGGGUCGGACUUUCCUGGCAAUGCAUAUCGGCUACCACCACUUUCGCCAAAUGCUCUUCUUUCCUUUUCUCGAUGCACGCAGGGAGCAAUAUACUGGAAACCUUGCAAAGAAUGCCGCCCAAUGCAAACAAAGUGCAAAUAUAAUCUCCGGAAUUUUACGGCAUAGCACAGACAUCGAAGAUUGCGAUUUGAACUGUUACAUCUACGGGCAUAUAGCUGUGAUCAGCUCAUGUGUCCACCUUCAUACGCUGCUCUUCAGUGAUAACUCUGACUCGCUUUACGUGGCACGACAAUGGCUACUCUUAAACUUCAAAUACUUAAUGCAUGUCAAAUCAUAUUGGCCCGUGGUGGACCGCUCUGUGGCACGCCUGCGAGACUUCCAGAGUUCUUGCCGAGACUCUGUAUCAGACGCAUUUGUGCUAGAUAAUUGGAUGGCCCGCUUUCUGAUCGAGCACACUUCCUACCUCUCCGAGCGCCAAACAUCCACAUUGCAGCCCUCUGGUUUGGGUCCAGAUAGUCCCACAGCGCGCAGUAUGUGUGCAGAACUUCAUACGUCUAACCAUGUCAACAAUGUGGAGCCUGAUUCUGAGGUGGGUGAUAUUUCCAAUUUGCUACAUGAUCAAGAAGUGACCAGCGAGGCUCUUGUCAAUCAUGCGAUUGACUGGUUACUUGAAUGA